CCAGACAAAUUUAAUACAAAAUUGAAAUAAAAAACUUAUUUAACAUUUUCUUAUCUGCAUAUUUUACGGUGUGAUGUAAUUAAUUUAAUUAUGAAAACGCAAGUGUGCACGCUUUUAUGGAGUGCUUAAGAUAAACGGAUAAUAUUAAACAGCUAAAUGAUAUAGCGGCAGCAUCUCUAGCUAAAACAGUGGAAUAUUUUGUAUUAGUAAAGAGCAAAUUCUGCAGAGCUUUGCACGAGUAAAUCCGCUGAGAAUAUCAUAUACAAACUAAAAACUACAUGUGCACCAAGAAUCACUCAGAGCAAAUAAUUGAAUCUGUGAUCUGAAUCUGAUCGUUUAAAUGUUUGUAAGUGUUUCUUCUGUUCUGUGUAACCAAAUAAGAAGGAAAGCAAUAUGCAAUCAAUAAAGGCCGACGAACUACCCGAAAAUCCGCGGGAGCGAAGUAACCCAUUUGCAGAACUUAUGCUUUGCUUUGUCUUUCCGGUAUUGUUCAAGGGCCGCAAGAAGACGUUGGAGCAACCAGAUUUAUACCGGCCACUGAAAGAGCACAAAUCUGAUUCACUUGGAGAUCGCCUGUGCGCUGCCUGGGAUGCGGAAGUUGUUCAGAGAUCAGCACAAAACAAGGCACCUCGCUUGGGGCGCGUUGUGCUCCGCGUUUUUGGCUGGCAUCUGUUAACCACUGGAGUGGUGCUGGGGGUCAGAGAAUUUGUUGUAAAGGUAACCCAGCCCAUGUGCCUUUAUGGCAUUAUGUCCUACUUUUCGGGCGAGGAUCCUGACCCACUUAAGGCGCAGUUAUAUGCGGCGGGUCUGAUGAUUGCCUCGGUGCUCUCGGUCGUUACUGGACAUCCGUUUAUCUUGGGUCUGUUGCAUCUGGGUAUGAAGAUGCGGAUUGCACUUUGCAGCCUGGUUUACCGAAAGGCGCUGCGCUUGAGUCAUACAGCUCUGGGAGAUACAUCGAUCGGUCAGGUGGUGAAUCUGCUGUCUAACGAUGUGGGACGCUUCGAUGUGAUCCUUAUUAAUGUACACUUCUUGUGGUUAGCCCCACUGGAGUUGAUCGUUGUCACCUUUCUUAUGUAUCAAAAGAUUGGACCCGCCGCCUUCUUUGGGGUCGCUUUGAUGUGCCUCUUUCUGCCGAUGCAAGCCUACCUGGCGAAGAAGACAUCUGUACUCCGGCUGCUCACCGCUCUGCGCACAGACGAACGUGUGCGAAUGAUGAACGAACUCAUCUCUGGUAUCCAAGUGAUCAAGAUGUAUGCUUGGGAGAAGCCCGUCGGCAAGCUUGUGGAGCUCAUGCGGGGCAAGGAGAUGAUAUGCAUUAGGAAAGUCAACUAUAUUCGUGGCAUCCUCAUUGCCUUUGGCAUGUGCCUAUCGCGCACCCUCACCUUUGUCAGCCUGGUGGGCUUCGUGCUGCUAGGCAACAUAUUGACUGCCGGCGAGGCAUUCUUUAUCACCGCCUAUUACAAUCUGCUGCAGCGCGCCGUCACCAAUUUCUUUCCUCUCAGCAUUUCGCAAUUGGCAGAGAUUACCGUGUCCAUCAAGCGUCUGCAGACCUUUAUGCAUCGACCGGAGACCCAAGUGCAAGACACAUCAAAUGCAAUUACUGCUCCGGCCUUCGCCAGCGAAAAGAAUGAUAAGGAAAAUGGUGGCCUGAUCAACAAUGGCAAUGGGCAUUUUACCAAGAACAAUAGCAAUGAGGAGACGCUCGUUGAAUUCAACGGCUUUCAUGCCAAAUGGGACCCAGAAGCAACAGAGAAUACUCUGGACAAUAUCAAUUUGAAAUUGGGUCGUCAACAGUUGGUGGCUGUGAUUGGACCCGUCGGUGCAAGCAAGUCCAGCCUGAUACAAUCCAUUCUCGGUGAACUGCCCGCGCAAAAGGGAAGCCUGAAAGUCAAUGGCAAAUUCUCGUAUGCCGCUCAAGGGCCUUGGCUUUUCACGGGAACUGUUCGAGAAAAUAUCCUCUUUGGAUUGACACUGGACAAGCAUCGCUAUCGCACAGUGGUGAGGAAGUGUGCCCUCGAACGUGACUUUGAGCUACUUCCUCAAGGCGACAAGACAAUUGUGGGCGAGCGAGGAGCUUCACUCUCUGGUGGACAAAAAGCCCGGAUCAGUCUGGCAAGGGCUGUGUAUCGUCGGGCGGAUAUUUACCUACUGGAUGAUCCACUUAGCGCAGUGGACACCCAUGUGGGUCGUCACUUGUUCGAUCAGUGCAUGAAAGGGUAUUUGAAGAGCGAACUAGUCAUCCUGGUCACACAUCAGCUGCAGUUCUUGGAGCACGCUGAUCAGAUUAUCAUAAUGGACAAAGGUAAAAUUAGUGCAAUGGGUACCUAUGCCACGAUGCAGCAGAGUGGCUUGGACUUUGCCCAACUGCUCACCGACUUGAAUAAGCCCAAUGUAGAGGAGCUGGAGAACCAAAAGAGUAAUGCUGGCGAUCACACAAGUAUCUCAUCCAAAAUCAGCCGGCAGACUUCGCGCACUGAGAGUUUCGGAUCGGUGAGCUCGCUUGCCGAUUCCAUUGUCCAGGACUCGGCGAUCGUUCCGCAGGAGACACGCGUUGAGGGCAAAAUCAGUCUGGGUCUCUAUAAGGAAUACUUUACAGCGGGCAGCGGUUGGUUCUUGGUAUCAUUUAUGAUGCUCCUAUGCAUUGGCACACAAGUGGUAAUCUCUGCAGCGGACGUGUUUCUCUCCUACUGGGUUAACAAGAACCAGAACAACACUGAUGUCAAUUACGAUCCUGUCGAUAUGUAUUACUUUACUGCACUUAAUGUGGUUGCCAUUAUCCUCAGCGUAAUGCGUCCAAUAGUCUUCUAUUCGAUGGCCAGGCGCAGUUCCGUACAGCUCCACAAUGCCAUGUACCGUGGCAUCACUAGAGCAGCAAUGUACUUCUUCAAUACGAAUCCCUCGGGUCGGAUACUGAAUCGCUUCUCAAAGGAUCUCGGUCAACUGGAUGAAGUACUGCCAACAAUUAUGUUGGACGUGGUGCAAAUCUUUCUCACAUUGGCUGGUGUCAUUGUUGUCAUCUGCAUCACGAAUCCAUAUUAUAUAAUCCUCACUAUUGCGCUGGGAAUCGUAUUCUACUAUCUGCGAGAGUUUUAUCUCAAGACCUCGAGAGAUGUGAAACGUCUGGAGGCAGUGGCCAGAUCUCCGAUAUAUUCACAUCUCGGCAUAUCACUUAACGGACUAACCACAAUUAGAGCUCUAGGAGCACAGAAGGCUCUCAUUGCUGAAUUUGAUAAUCUACAGGAUCUGCAUAGCUCUGGCUACUAUACUUUUCUGGCCACGAGUCGAGCCUUCGGCUACUAUAUCGACUUCUUCUGCACGCUGUACACUAUCAUCAUUGUACUUAAUUACUUCAUUAAUACGCCAACGAAUCCCGGUGAGGUUGGCCUAGCCAUUACCCAGGCAAUGAGCCUGGCGGGCAUGGUGCAGUACGGCAUGACACAAUCCGCUGAAUUGGAUACCACGAUGACUGCAGUUGAACGCAUCCUGGAAUAUGAUGAGAUCGAGCCAGAGGGUGAUUUUGAAUCGAAAGCAGACAAGAAACCACCAAUAACAUGGCCAGAGGAGGGCAAAAUUGUAGCCGAUGAUCUCAGUUUACGAUAUUUCCCCGAUCCACAGUCCAAGUAUGUGCUCAAGUCGCUCAACUUCGAGAUCAAGCCCAUGGAAAAGGUGGGCAUUGUGGGUCGCACUGGUGCUGGCAAAUCCUCGCUUAUUAACGCCCUCUUCCGCCUAUCCUACAAUGACGGCUCUAUCAUCAUUGACAGCCGCGACACCAACGAACUAGGACUACACGAUCUGCGUAGCAAGAUCUCUAUUAUACCUCAGGAACCAGUGCUGUUUACUGGAAGUAUGCGCUACAAUCUCGAUCCCUUCGAGGAGUACAGCGAUGCCAAGCUUUGGGAUGCUCUCGAGGAGGUCAAGCUGAAGCCUGUCAUCAGUGAUCUCCCGAGUGGGCUCUUGAGUAGAAUCUCCGAGGGAGGCAAUAACUUUAGUGUGGGUCAAAGGCAGCUGGUGUGCUUGGCACGAGCUAUUCUUCGCGAGAAUCGUAUUCUGGUGAUGGACGAGGCCACAGCCAAUGUGGAUCCACAGACAGAUGCCCUCAUUCAGACGACGAUUAGAAAUAAAUUCAGGGAGUGCACAGUUUUGACAAUAGCCCACCGCCUGAACACGAUUAUGGACUCGGAUAAGGUCAUAGUGAUGGAUGCUGGCCAGAUGGUGGAGUUCGGAUCACCUUACGAACUCCUUACUCAGUGUGACUCGAAGAUCUUCCAUGGUAUGGUCAUGGAGACUGGUCAAAAUAGCUUUGAUAGUCUGCUAAAAGUAGCAGAAAAGGCCCAUUUGGAAUCACAGAAGCAAAAAACUGCCUAGCAUCAAUAUUUAGAUGUCUACGAAAACAAAAUAAAGUACUUAAAGUAUUGUCAAUUAGUUAUCUACAAAUUAAUUACAAUAAAUCUCAGACUCUUAGUUUAUCGGUGUCUCUAUACAUAUACGCAAUAAA